CAUUUCUUCCUUGGAGUUCUAGAACGAAAGCGAUCUUCAGAGUCACAAACUUGGCUUCCCGCCUAGCCUUUCUCACUGCCGGAAUUCUGACCUUCAAGCCGCUUCUAUCACACCGUCUUAUUUUGCUUCCUCGCCGUAGCAUCGACGGGCCACGGGGACCGGGGACGAGAUUUCGCCUUUCGGUACACAUCCUUAAACUGUAUUCUCGACACUCCUUGUUUUGUGAGUUUAAUAUUGAAGAAUUUCAUAGCUAUGGCUUUAUGUUGCUCUUUUUGUAAUCUGUUAAAUGAUGCCGACGUGUGAGAGUGGAGGGAUUGUUAGCUUGUGGUUAAGCAAUUCGUGGAGAAUCGUGGUCAGUUUAGGAUUUUGUUUUGAUUAGGGUUAGAGAGAGAUAGAGAGAGGGAGGUAGAAGAAUGAAGAGUCGAUCGAAUGGACUGCCGAUGCCAAAUCCGCAGGAUGACUGGGGGGAUGGUUCAUGGACUGUGGACUGUGUGUGCGGGGUGAAUUUUGACGAUGGAGAGGAGAUGGUGAAUUGUGAUGACUGUGGUGUGUGGGUGCAUACGCGGUGUGUGGGAUAUGUCAAGAGUGAGAAGCUGUUUGCUUGUGAUAAGUGUAAGAAUAAGAACAGUAGAAAUGAUAGUGAGGAAACUGAAGUUGCACAGCUCCUGGUGGAAUUGCCAACUAAGACAUUGAAUAUGGAUAAUCCAUUCAAUCCGAGCUUUCCUUCACAAAGGCCCUUCAGGCUCUGGACUGAUUUGCCCAUGGAGGAAAGGGUCCAUGUGCAAGGGGUUCCAGGAGGUGAUCCCGCUUUAUUUGCUGGGAUCUCAUCAAUUUUUAGCCCUCAACUGUGGAAAUGUACUGGAUAUGUGCCCAAAAAGUUUAAUUUUCAGUAUAGGGAGUUCCCCUGUUGGGACACUGAAAAUAAUGUGGGCGAUGACAAGCACCGUGAUGGAAAUAAUGAAACUACUACUGAUAAUGGUGCUGGUGUUCUAUUCUCCUUAUCAAAGGAAAGUAACUUGCCGGCACCUGUGUCUAACUCGGUUGCUGUAAAAAGUGAUGCCAAGGAUGGCAAGUGUGAUGUAUCAUCUUCAAAACAGACAAAAAGAUUGGAUGGUUCUGAUUCAGAUGGUAUCAACUUGUAUAAGAAUGUGAAGAAGGAUUCCAGUUCAGUACAUCGCAUUACGAUACACUCUGGAAAGCGUAAGAAAGAAGAAUUUGGGAUAUCCAAAGAUCAUGGGGGAAAGAUGAGAAAGAAAGCCCAAAUUGUUGAAAAAGAGGGAGAUUUUAAGAAGAAAGACCCGCAUAUCAGGACAGCUUGCAAAAUUUUAAAUGGCGAGAAAGAAAUGCAAUUUUAUGAAGAUAGAAGCUAUAAAGUUGUCAAUGCGGAUGCUCACAGAACAAGCAGUGGAUGUUUGGAAGGGGCUUUACCCAAUGAUUGCUUGGCAGAAGGUCCUCAAAGGUUGGAUACUGAUUGUGGUUAUUACAAAGGCACUUCAAAUUCAAGCGACCAGCAUUCAAAAAUGUCAUUGUUUGAUGUAUCUAAACAAAACUCCUCUAGUGAAACACUUCUACAAGAGCAGAAUCUAAACCAAGCUGCUUCAAAGGUUCAGAAUUUGCAAAGGGAAAAAGAUGGAAUGGCAGCAUCAUUCCUAGAGCACAGCCAAUCUGCCAAUUUACCUAUAAAAGAGGAGGAUGGUGCUGGUGGUAGAGAGGCUUCGACAAUUAGUGCGAAGAUUGAAUUGCAAAAGUCAGAGUCUGUUACAACAGCCACAGUAAGUGAUGAUCUUGAAGUUAAGAGUCUUCAAAAUUGUCAUGAUUUGACUGGUGACAAUGUGACUUGCUCUUCAGUGCCUGAAACUGAUGCAAAAGCAGAUGAUGUUCAUGGAGACUUUGAUAUUCAAUCUUCAUCUCCAUGUGAUGCAAUGUUAGAAAGAACAAGAUCCUUGCCCCAUCAUGCAGACACAUCUAAUAUUCUCGUGUAUGAAAGUGUUAAGGUAAAUGAUGCACCUGUAGUUAAUACUGAAGGUAGGGACCAUAAAUCACAGGAUGUUGACAGUAGUAGCACAAUUCUUGGAAAUAAUAAAAUGAAGAAUGCUGAUGGGUUAUCUCGUGAUCUUUUUCAAUCUAAUCAAGAAUCAACAAUAUCUGAAGAUACUGAGAGAGCAAAGAAUAGCUCAUCAGGGCUUAAACAUGGUACAAAACCUGCUGAAGAUGUGGCUAAACCCAGUUCAACAACCAUUAGUACAGCAACAGCUCCAAGUCAGCGCAAAGUGAUAGUGACUAUGGGGAAAUCCUCUUCAACCUCAUCGACUUCUUUGAUUCCAAAACCGUCUGCUUCUGAGAGCUGUGUAUCUUCUAAUGCUCAUAAUCAUGAUAUUAAUAGUAUGCAGAGGGGAAAGUCUGACAAUAAUCAUAGCAGUAAGACGGAGGCUACCUCAUUUAAUGUUGCUAGGGAUGAAGAGGGGCAUGAAAAUCCUAAGAAAGUGGUAAAAGAGCUUCCAAAGUCUUCUGUUGGAUCUGCAUCAAAAGCCCGAGUGACCAAGAUCACAUAUGCUUCAUCUUCUAAGAGAACCUUGUCUGAUUCAAAGGAUUCCAUGCCUCAUUCAUCUCAUAGGACCAUUUCAGUGAGAAAUGUGUCUGCUAAUUCAGGCUCUGGUGAAUCUUCUAGUUCGUUGCAAAGUGAAGGGGCAUCAAGUGUUCAGAAUAAACCCUCAGGUACAAUUUUACACCAAAAGGGUGAUAAGGUAAACCAGUCUGGAAGCCAACCUUCAGUAAAAGUUAGUGCGACUCUGAUGCACCCUCCGACAGUGUCAUCCUCUCCAGCUGCGCUGAGUGAUGAAGAGCUUGCUUUACUCUUGCAUCAACAACUCAAUAGCUCUCCUAGAGUUCCUCGGGUGCCACGGAUGCGUCAUGCUGGUAGUUUACCGACUAUAACUUCCCCGGCAGCUACGAGUACGCUAAUGAAGCGAACAUCUAGUGGAGGAGUAAAAGACCAUGGUUUGACAUCUAGAAGAAGAAAGGAUUCAGGUAAAGAUGGUUCCAUCAGUUCUAGGGAGGGGGUUGAUGAAGCUAAGAAGAGGGAAGGAUUAACUUCUCCUGAUUAUAGAAGAGAAGAUACCCAUGCCAAGCGAGAAGCAGAAAUUGGAUCUUCAAAAAGUGUGCUCUCUUUGAAGAAGACUAGCCCUUCUUCAUCCACUGCAGCUGGGAGUAAUGGUUGUCCUUCCUCGCAUGAAGCAAAAGAACAGAAGUUGUCUUCUCGCAAUUCACAGCGAAGUACUGUUGGUGAUGAUGCUAGAGUGACUGGGCGCCCUUCACAUCGUACUUUACCAGCUUUGAUUGCUGAGAUUAUGAGCAAAGGUGAACGCAUGACAUAUGAAGAACUCUGCAACGCUGUUCUGCCGCACUGGCCUCACUUGAGGAAACACAAUGGAGAGCGUUAUGCAUACUCAAGUCACUCUCAGGCUGUUCUUGAUUGCCUUCGAAAUCGAAGUGAAUGGGCAUGCCUUGUUGAUCGUGGUCCCAAGACAAACACAAGUAGAAAGAGGCGCAAACUUGAUAACGAUUCUCAUAGUAAUGAGUUAGAGGAUAAUGAAGAUGGAAGUGGGAGGGACAGGAGUGGCAAAGACGUAAGCAGCAGCAAGUCUUUGGAGUCACCCCAGGAAGAGUACCCUAAGCGAAAGAGGAACACACGGAAGCGGAGGCGUCUGGCUCUAAGAGGAAGAGGUAUCAAGGAUGUUAGGAGAAGACAUCGGGCCGGGGUAGUGAGUGAUGAUGAGGAUGAUGAAACUGCGUCAUCUUCAAGUUCUAGCGAUGACAGCAUGUUCAGUGAAGAUGAUAUGGAAGGCGGCGCAACCUCUCCAGCUACAAAAGAGGCAUCUGGUAGUUCAGAUGACAGAACAAUGUCCUAAUCUAGUAAUAGUUGUCUGUUCUCAGUUUGAUAAAUGUAGUAUGAGGAGUAAUUAGCAGAUUCUUUAGUUUGUAUAUCCAUCCAUCCCUGUAGCAAUUGGGUGUUUUGGUAAAAUGUUGUUGGGCAAAAUGUGCCUUUAUAUGUCACUGCUUAUGCUCCAAAUGUAACAUAUCAGCUACUAAAUUCUAAUCCCUAAUCAAAUGUCA